GUAUUAAGUAAUUUACAACCCAUAUUAAUCACGUAAAUUCUCAACCGACCACGUUCAAAGAUAACGAGUUUUUUUGGGGGGUUGAGCCCGGUUCGUGAACAGCGGGAGAUACUUCCGAGAUGAUCUCAACUUUAGAGCUUUUGCCGUGGCUUUCAAUGCUUAAAAUCUUCAGUCUUGCGUUGGAGUCCAUCCUGAAUGGAUGGUUAAAACUCAAAGGGGGAACAAGUGCUGUGCUGGUGAUCUUAAGAAAGAGAAAAAAAGAAGAAUAAAGUGUUGCCUGUGGAGGUUUUUUUUUGUGCUGGUUUUUAGUUUCUAAGAAAUCGAACGAUUUGGUGUGUGAUCUUACUUGAUCGAGGAUUGAGGAGCAUUUCGGGUGGCUCACAACGGGAGGAGAUCUUCCCGCAUCGGGACAAUGGAAAUGGGAUCCAUUGUCGUCGCCCUGAUGAUCGCAGCUCUCGUUGUGCCUGCGAUCGUCAAUGGGGCUGAACUCACACCGCCCUACUUCAAUCUCGCCGAAGGACGAAAAAUCUACUCAACUUCCACUUGUGGUGUUGACACGGAUGGACCGGAAUUGUACUGUAAAUUGGCGGGAAAAGAUCAGGAAGAAACUUGCGAUUCCUGCGAUACAGCAGAUCCUGCAAAAUCUCACCUGCCAGAGAACGCAAUUGAUGACACGGAGAAUUGGUGGCAGAGUCCACCCCUAUCGCGAGGGAUGAACUACAACAAAGUCAAUUUAACCAUUGAUUUUGGCAAUGAGUUUUUAAUGAAGAACGUUCUGAUUGACUUUGGGAACUCUCCGCGUCCUAGCGUGUUGAGUAUUGAGAAGUCAACGGAUUAUGGAGAGUCCUGGAUGGCCUUGCAGCAUUUUGCAGAGACUAAAGUUGAUUGUGAAAAAUAUUUCAAUGAGAAAAGUUUGCAGAACUCCAGUACAAAUGAUUCGAGCUCCUUUUGUACAACUGAAUACUCCAAAAAGAAUUCUUCUGCGAAUGAAGAAAUCUCAGUUGAUUUUAAAGAUUGGAUAAAGGCGACAAACUUAAGGAUACGUUUCUUGAAAACUCUGAAUCUCUCAGAUGAAGAAAAAGAUCAGAAAGUUCUUCGUCAGCACUACUAUUCCGUCAAGAAGAUCUCAAUUGAUGGACGUUGCGCUUGUAACCUGGAUGGAGCAUUAGAAGGAGAUUCUUGUGACACUAAGUCAGGAAUUUGUCGCUGCAAGGAUGUAGUUGUUGGCAAAUACUGCGAUAAAUGCCACACUGGCUUUUACAACUUCCCUGAAUGUUCUCCUUGUGAUUGCGAUUUUAUUGGAUCUGAAAAUCCAUUUUGCAAUGAAAAUGGGCAGUGUCUGUGCAGAGAAAAGUUCACUGGAAGACGUUGCAAUGAAUGCCAACCUGGAUACUAUUCCGAAAAUCACAUCAUCUCCAGUUGUAUCGAGUGUGAUUGCGAAAAAAUGGGCACAGAUGAUGUUUGUGAUAGAGCAUCAGGGAAGUGUGUCUGCCGUGAAGGAUAUGGAGGAUCUCGUUGCGAUGAAUGCGUUGCAGGAUACUUCAACUACCCAGACUGUAAGCCCUGCAACUGUUCAACACAUGGAAGUAAAUCCGCUUCUUGCGAUAAAGAUGGAAAAUGUUCGUGUUUAGAUCAUUUUGAGGGUUUAAAGUGUUCUUCGUGUGAUUCAGAGCACUACAACUAUCCGGAAUGUCUGGCCUGCAACUGUAGCGCAGUCGGAUCGAGUGGAACAACUUGUAGCCCAGAUGGACAAUGCAGUUGUUUUGAUAAAUUCAGUUCAAGGGCAUGCAAUCAAUGCGGAGAAGGUCUAUUUGAUUAUCCCAUUUGUGAGGAAUGUAGUUGCAAUGAGGCAGGCACAGUGCCUGACUUUGCAGGAUGUGGAUCAAUGCCUUCAGGGAAGCUCUGUGAGUGCAAGGAGAGAGUUACAGGACGGUAUUGUGAUACCUGCAAGCCUCUCUAUUGGAAUUUCAACGAAUCCAACCCGGAAGGAUGUGAGGAAUGCAAUUGCUUCACUGAUGGCACAGCAGGAGCCACAGGAACGUGUGACAUCAAAACAGGUCAGUGUGCAUGUAAGUCAACAGUUCAAGGAAGAACUUGUGAUGUCUGCAAGGAUGGCAUGUAUGCUAUGAAAGCUGGAAGCCUUUUCCCAUGUAAAGAUUGCGAAUGUAAUCCUGGAGGAUCAGUUAACGGGGUUUGCAAUAAGACAUCAGGGCAGUGUGAAUGCCUUCCUGGAGUCACAGGAAUAAAGUGUGAUCGAACUGUUCCAAACUACUACUUUCCCAAUCUCCAUCAGUUCCAUUUUGAGUACGAAGAUGGGAAAAGACCUGACGGACAGGCAAUUCGGUAUGAAUUUGAGGAAAGGAUUUUUCCAAACUUUAGCAGUAAAGGGUACAUUGUGCUCUCAGACAAACAACCAGAAGUCUGGAAUGAAGUUAACAUUGUCAGAGCAUCAAAUUAUCGUCUGGUCAUCCGAUAUAUGAGUCAUUUUCACGAAGAAUUUGAAGGAAAACUUCUAAUUCAGCAUGCAAAUUCAACUGAAAAUGAGGCUGUGAUUGUGUUUAAACCAGCACAAAGGCCUGAUUUUGUAACAUAUUACGAAUUAUGCUGCAAUGACCCCGAAGAUGUUUUAGCCCUUGAACCAGGACGCUAUAUCUUCAAGAUGCAGGUUAAGAAUAAGGUGUUCCUUGACUAUUUCGCCCUACUUCCUGCUCCUUUUUACACGGGCUCAAUUCUAACGCGAAAACUCAUCAGACCGUGCGGGUUUAAGGAUAAGAAUACUCCCAAUACUAAGAAUUCCUGCACUUACUACAAUUACCCACAUCUCAAAGAUUUUACUUCUCUUGAGCAAUUGGAUCGGUCUUCGGGAGAAUUACUAUGGUUUUCAGAAGUUGAAGACUACAGCAGUGAAAAUGAUGUUGCUCUUCUCAAUGAAGAACAACCGAAAUUGUACUACAAACUUUCAGGUGAUAAAUCAACAAAGUACGUUAUUGUUGUGGACUAUAUAACAGAUACAACGUUUACUGGAUCAGGAGUUGCGAAUGUAACAAUAGAUAAGGAUAAUGAUGGUGUCCUAACUUACAAUCCUUGCCCCUUUAUCACUCCAUGUCGUCUUGCUGUGCUUGAUGGAAGAUCAAGAGUAAAAACAAUCGAUCUAGAUGAAGAUGGAGCACGUACGCUCAUACUUUAUGCUACAGGAAAGAAAAAUUUAGGCAUUGUAUCGGUUACAGCUAUCCCGCUUGAUUCUUGGUCAUCUGACUAUCUUAUUCCAAAGGAAGUUUGUGUCCCAAUUAGGGAUCCGGAGCAGGAGACUGAGGAAUGUGUUAGGAGAUCAUACGAAAGUGUACAAGAUGCAAAGAAGAUUGAGAUUGAAGAUAGUUACACAGAUCUUACUGCAAAGCAGUUUCCACCUUACGUAACAGAUGUCUACGAUGAAAUAACACUCGUCUAUCUUCCUGUUGAUAAAGGAUUCUCCUUGAAUUUACUUUCGGACGUUGAGAAACCUGAUCGGUACUUUAUUCUUUUGCACUAUUACCAACCAAAUAGGCCUUCAUUUGAGAUGACGUACAGCCUAGAAAUUGAUCAACAAGUUCACAAUGGAAGACUUCGUGUUCAUCACUGUCCUUCCAAUAUUGGAUGUCGUGUCCUGAUAGGCAAGGAUGUGUUUUACAUUAAAGAUUCGAUUAAUUUAACUUUAACAAAGGAAAUGGAUUCAAAUGAUAUUUGGUUGGAUUUUGUUCUCCUCGUACCAAUGGAGAAAUUCAAUGAGAACCUUUUGAGUCAGGAAGCUUACAGUCAGGCCCAGGAAUUCAUAAAUGAGUGCAGUGAGGCAAGCUUGUAUGUAGAUCAGGCCUCAUCUGACCUGUGUAAGAAGGCUGCCUUUGCAAUUACAGUAAAUUACAAUCAGGGAGCCUUGCCAUGUGGCUGCAAUGCUGAAGGAUCUGAAGGAAGUGAAUGUUCACCCUUCUCUGGGAAAUGCAAGUGCAAACCCAAUAUUGUUGGCAGGCAGUGUGAUACAUGUGCUAAGGGUUAUACCGGCUUCCCUGAUUGUGUUCCGUGUGAGAGGGGAAGUGAAAACUGUGGUUGUGCUCUGGGAUUCCAAUCACCCACAUGUGAUGCCUGCAGUCAUGGAUACUUUGGCUAUCCUGACUGUAAACCCUGCAAUUGUAGCUCGGAGAGAAGAGCAUUUGACUACUGCGACACUGACACGGGAUCCUGCAACUGUAAAGCCAACUUUACCGGCUACAACUGCGAUAGUUGUUCUAAAUAUUACUACGCUUACCCUCAAUGUUCAGAAUGUGAAUGCUUUCGUCCUGGAUCGAGGCCAGGAUGCAAUGAUGAAGGUAUUUGCCAAUGUGUUGGGCAGUACACGGGUAAACACUGUAAGGAAUGCAAAGUUGGGUAUUACGGCUUUUCCAGUUGCUACGCUUGUGAUUGUGAUCCUAAAUUCACAACAAGUGAGAUUUGCAGUAAAGACACUGGAGAAUGUUUCUGCCGUGAAGGAUACUCCGGACGACAUUGCCUUCUAUGUGCAAUGGGUUACUAUAAUUUCCCCAACUGUACUCCUUGCAAUUGCUCCAGUGAAGGAAGCAUGGCAAACUUUUGCAAUGAUUCUGGCCAAUGUCCUUGUCUCCCGAACUAUGGUGGUCUUGAUUGCUCAAAGAAGCUUGGAUGAUCAACAGUUUUGACUACUCUUUGGAUUUUCUUGAUAAAUAUAUUUUUUAGUGCAUGCUGUAGUUAAUAAAAUUCAAGCAAAGAA